AUGGGUCCCACAAAAGCUUUGAAUAGGGAAAAAGUGGAUGGUUUCCGUUCUGUCAUAGAGAUCGAUGAGCAGAAUUGGCCGCUGCUGUUAAACGACGAAUGGCUAGUGAGUAUCUGCGCUAAGGACCAAGUUGAUUGCACGAAAAUGGAGCUCAAUAGUCAUCAACUGGUUGCCUCGAGUGCCUUCAGUAAUCGGAAUGUGGCCAUUGCCAUUGUUGAUCUGGCCAAGAAAUCUGGAAUACUGCGACGCCUAUCGGUACGCAAAUUGCCAUUUGUUUAUCAUGUGAUAGCUGGCGAAUUUCGUCGGAUAGAUGCAAGCUUGAACAUUGAGUCAUUGUGCCGGAUGGUUGAGAAUGGGGAAUGGAAAUCCAUUGAGGUAGUUCCAUGGUGGCGGCAUCCAACCUCUAACUGGAUUAACUUCGCCGUCUUUGCCCACAAAGCCGCCGUGGAUCUGUGGGAUUCAGGAGUAGUCUCCGACUACGGUGUGGCCACUUGGUGUAUAGCUUUAAUGUUGACUGGAGUCUUUACUAUGAUUGUUUGGGUAUUGUACGGCGGUUGGUGUGGAAUCAUGUUCUUGUGGAUCUAUUGGAAACGACCCAAAGCUUAG